CUGAAACUACUUGUGUGUUUAUGUUUCAACUGAGAAAGAGACGAGACUGAAUACCUGGAUUAUUGACAUAAACACAGCGGUAACGUAGCCUACUGGCUUAUUGUACCUUUGAGUCUUAACUAACGGUUGAAAGAUGAUAAGAGGACAAGAGUUCCAGCUUCCCCCUCUGCUGAAGUUUCCUCGAGCAAGUCACUGAGUGGGUGCAAUAAAGGGUCGAACAAAAGCGGUUGAUAAGCAUUUGAAGAUGAGGAAGUGGGGAGAUCGACUGAAGAAGGUUGAGCAGCUUGCUCAGUCGUUCCAGCUGAAACCUCUGGCCACACACUACAAACCUCGCUUGUGGCCGUGCCAGCCUUCCUCCGUCUGGAAGCUCUUUCCUCGUCAGUGUAUGGCUAUCGGCUUCGCUCAGAGCUGCAAAGAGGCUGUACAUGUUUUUGCACUUGAAAAAGAAAAGACAUCUCUGGGUCAAAGGAUCUUCCUGGUCACCAGUUACAGUGAGCUGUGGCAUUACUACAGGACUUACACACAGUCCUUGAUGCACUGCUAUGAGGUGAUACCAGAUGGCGCUGUUUGUAAGCUUUACUUUGACUUGGAGUUCCACAAGCCCUCAAACAAUGGAGCUGAUGGUAAAGCUAUGGUGUCUUCACUUAUCCAGUAUGUUUGUGACAAGCUAAUGGAAGUUUAUGGGAUUGAGUGCUCUGCAAAUGAUGUCCUCAAUCUCGACUCGAGCACGGAAGACAAGUUCAGUCGACAUCUCAUCUUCAAUCUCCAAAAUGCAGCUUUCAAAGACAACAUUCAUAUGGGCAGGUUUAUCCACGCAAUUCUCCACUCAGUCCUGAGCACACCCAAAAGUGGCCUGAAUGUUGGGAUGAAUUCAGUGGCAGAAAACAGUGAAACACGAACUCGUGCCGUCUCUGAGGGGACGCCAGCAAAGGCAGAUGAGAUGGCUGAGAGUCCACAAGCCAAGAGGUGCAAGCAGGAAGAGACAGACCUCAAGUUCCUCCAGGUGAAAAACAAGGACGGCCAAGACUGUCUUUUUGUUGAUCUUGGUGUUUACACCAAGAACAGAAAUUUCCGCCUUUACAAGUCAUCAAAAGUGGGAAAGAACUCUGCAUUCACGGUGGCAGAUGACAACACGUUUAUUCACAAACCUGACAAAGGAGUCUCCGAGGAGGAAAGUGUGUUCUUGGCUUCCCUAGUCUGUAAUAUGAGUUUCACAGGUCAAAGAAUUCUCACGUUGGACGUCCCGGAAACAAAGGAAUCCAAAACCUCGAGGCCUCAUUGCCAGCAGGGAUCAGCCACAUAUCCAGUGGCAGGUUCACUUUCUGGCUGCCUGUCAUCCCCUCAUCAAGAAGUGGACAACUUUGUACUAACUGUGAUUAAAAAAAAUGGCAUCCAUGGAAGCAUCAGGCGAUGGAGCUACUUUGCCGUUGAACAACUGCUUGUUUACGACAUCGCUAAAUACCGCUGGUGUGAAAACAUGGACAGGUUUCAUAAAAGCAACAACAUCAUGAUUGUUGUGGACCUGAAAGAGGAAGUGUGGUACCAGAAGUGUCACGAUCCUGAAUGUAGGAACUUCAGGUCCUCAAGUUACCCACUGCCACAGGAGAUCUGCGUCAGCUAUAUCAUGACACUGGAUGAAGAAGACCAGGCUUACUUAAUGGAUGAUGCGGGCAACAUUGAACUCAGCCAGGCACCAAACCAGGCCCCAGAGAGCACAGUGUGUCCAGAGGAGGCAACUGAUGACGUGUGGGGAGACGGACAGGAUGACCAGGACUACUUGGAGAGCCUGGACGACUUUGAACAAAAUAGGGAUAUCUCUGAUCAGCUCCUGCUCAAAUGCAUGGCAGAUUUUGAAUCCCAGUAGAGGACAAACAUCUCAUCUGAUAAUGAAUGUAAGUACUAUUAAUGGCUCUGACUGCAAUAAAUGCAAGAAUAAAGACAAUUAAAAAUAAAUUCCAGGUUCAAACAUCUGUCAUUAAAGGAAUGUAUAAAGAUAGUUCAACACGUUUUCUGAUUAAUCUAGAAAAAAAAGAAAAAAACAUUUUCAUGGCAUAAUAUACUGUGACUGUUUUAUUUAUGUCAUUUUAGGCUAGGAAUGCAGUGUCCCCUUUAGUUAAAAACCCUCAAAUUAUUAGCUGUUGGAUAUUUAAAAUUUAAAAACUAUUAAAUGCUUUUGGCUUUCCAUGCCGGACUCAUAGUUUAGUAUGUAAAUAAAAGUCAUAGUAUGACAUACAAUUAUGAAAGUCAUAGUAUUGUAUAUUGUUACAAAAGUCAUAUCAUAAAUAAUUCAUAGUAUAGUAUGAAUACUAUGUAUCAAAUAUUGUAGAGUCACACCACAGUACGUCAUGAAAAAUCAUGGUGAAGUGUGUCAUAAAUGUCAUGCAAAAACAUAGCAUAGUAUGUCGUAACAAAAGUCAUAGUAUAGUAUAAAAAGUCAGUUUACUAUGCCAUUCAAAAAAUCAGUGUCAUAGUACAGCAUGUCAACUUAAUGAAAGGUCAUAGUAGUGUGUAAGUCAGUAUAAAUGCCGGGAAAAAUAGCAUAGUGUCAUGGUAUAGUAUGUUAUAAAAAUGUAAUGACAAAAGUCAAAGUAUGUAAUCGUGAAAGUAUUUCAUUAAAAAUCCAUAGGAUAGCAUGUCCAAAAAGUCAGUAUAGUGUUUUAGAAAAAGGUCAUCGUAAAGUUUGUUAUAAAAGAAAAGCCAUAGUAUAUCAGAUCAUAGGUCUAAGAUCAUAGGAAAAGUGUCAUAAAAAACAGUAUAGUAUAUCAUAGAUUAAAGGUCAAAGUAAAGUGUUUCAUAAAAAAUACAUAGAAUAGUAUGUCAAAAAAGUAAUACAGUAUGUUCAAAAAAAGUCAUGGUAUGUUGUCAAGUCACAAAAAGUACAAAAUGUCAUUGUAAAAGUCAGUCAGAAAACGGCCAUAGUAUAGAAAGUCACAACAAAAAUCACAGUAUAGUUCGUUGAGUCACAGUAUAGUGUCUUGAAAUAGCAAUUUUAUAGUAUUUCAAAAAAGUCACCACACGGUCAUAUUAAAGUGUGUUAUGAAAAGUAUUUAAGUCAUAGUAUAAUAUGUCAAACAAUGUCAUGAAGUAGUCAGUUUGUCUAAAGUAAAAAACAAGUCAUAGUAUAGUAUGUUGAAAAAAGGCAUGAAAAUGUAUAAAAAAAAAAAAAAAAAGGUAAAUCUGUCAGCCUGUUACAGUGGUGCAGUCUUUUCCUUUCUCAUCCACCCUUCCAGAGGGAUUCCCACCUGCUCAAUACAUCUGGAUCUCCAUCUUAUGUUGGUGCUCCAGUCUUUCCCCAAUUUCAACCGGCCCCGACAUCUUUUUGACUCUGGUGCCAGCCGACAACCAUUUGCCUGUCUGCCUACCGUCCCAGCUGAUAAAACCUGCCUUGAGAAAAUGUCAGGGCGGCUGAUUUAACCCGAGUAGAUUGCCCCAGUGUCUCCCUCUCUGCAAUGUAAAUGUGUGAUAAUUUAGGUUUUGUGUUAAAAGUGAACUCGUAGAGGCACUAGCUUAGUGGUUUUGGGCAGAAAUUUAUUUUUGGUUAUAUUUGUAAAUUCAUCCACUAUUUCGGCACCACACUCGGAAUUUGACGGUCUAGUAAAACACUGAAUUUAGUGGUGGUCAGAUAUGCUUUCUUUUUAUUUUGUUCAGUCUUUGUUAGCUGUAGUAAGUAAGCAGCAUUGUGUACGAGUUAAUUUGAUUUUUGUUUUGUUUGUUAAAUGAGUUGGUGGUAGCCCAACCCUUUGUUCUUCAUCUCACUCAGCUGUUUUGUAUAUUGUUGAGCAGAUGUUUUGUUACUCUGGAAUCUUUACUUUCAUUGGUGCUUUAAAUAUUAAACUGC